GAAACUGCUUUUCUCUUUGCAGAUGGCCAAGGCAGCUGGAAAAGUGAUGGCUGUGAAACAGAGACGGGUAAUAACCAGACAGUCUGCCGUUGCAACCACCUCACCUAUUUUGCUGUGCUGAUGAUGUCCUCUCCAGAGAUAGAUUACAUCCACAAGGAGUACCUGACGAUUAUCACCUACAUUGGCUGCAUUAUCUCAGCUGUGGCUUCCCUCUUCACCAUCAUCUUCUUCUGCUGCUGCUCCAGGAGGAAGCACAGAGACGGCACCGUAAACAUCUACAUUCACAUGAACCUGCUGGGGGCCAUCUUCCUGCUGGACGUGAGCUUCCUCAUUACUGAGCACUUGGCCUCCAUCGGCAGCGAGGCAGCCUGCAAAGCCAGCGGCAUGUUCCUGCACCUCUCUCUGCUGUGCUGCCUGACCUGGAUGGGCAUUGAGGGCUACAAUCUCUACAGGCUGGUGGUGGAGGUCUUCAACACCUACGUGGAGCACUUCAUUCUCAAGCUCUGCCUGGUGGGCUGGG